UGUUUUGACUAUGGAGAUGUCCGAUAAUGCAAUAUUACUCUGCUCAUAAUAAGUGUUAAAACUGUUCAACUCAAAUACAUUCAGUAGAGUUAGUAGAAUAAUGGAUGGAUCAGUUAGUGCAGCACAAACGCCAGAUGGAGGAAAUUCUACGGCUGAAGGCAUAGCUCCGGUUUUUAUUAAACAAAUCUUAUAUUCGCGUGAAGGCAAUUUUCAAAUGUAUGGAAUAACGUUUGGAAUGAUUUCGUGUGUGUGCAUUGUUCGGUCUAUUGAUGUGUCUUCUACAAAAAUCACAUAUUCCUUAGAGGAUCACACAGGUCAGAUAGAAGCACAUUAUUGGUUGGAAGAAGGAGAUUCAAGCAAAGCUCCAGACAUUAUGCUUAAUCAUUAUGUUAAGCUAUACGGUAGUGUUCGGACCCAAGGGUCACAGAAAAUGUUAAUGGUUUUUAAAAUGAGCGCCAUAAUGAAUUCAAACGAAGUUUGUACUCAUAUACUGGAAGUUCUUAAUGCUAGAUAUAAAUCUGAAGAGUUUGCUACUAAAGGGGGUAACGUGUCCACUGGAAAUGCUGGUUCCAUAGGUUUUAGUUCCAGCAGUGGUGACAAUAAUUCUCUUGGUUUGGAAGGAAAACAGUUGGCUGUAUUACAAGCUGUUAAAAAUAAUAUAACCACUGAAGGAAUCAGCCGCAAAGAGUUGCAACAAAAAUUUAAUCAUAUAAGUGGAAAUGAAUUGAGCUCUAUUAUUGAAUUCUUGAUAUCUGAAGGUCAUAUCUAUUCAAGUUUUGAUGCGGACCAUUUUGUUAGUUCGGAGUAAUAUUUUAUAAACUAUAUUAAACUCAUUUUAUAAAUGGCGCUGAAAUAUAAAUGGUGUUGUUUAUUUACAUACAUA